AUGUUUUUCUUUUUUAUUCUCAUAUACUUUCUUUCUUUUUUUUUUUUCUUUCUUUCUUUCUUUCUUUUAAAUCAAGUCAUUUCCUUCUUUCUACAUAUUCUUCCUUUCAUAACCUCUUUUGUUUCGUUUACAACUUGUACAAUACAUUUUUCCAUUGUCAUUUCUUUAGCAAUGCCACUGUUGUUCUCUCUGUCCCGCGCCUUUUCUAUCUAUCUAUCUAUCUAUCUAUCUAUCUAUCUAUCUAUCUAUCUAUCUAUCUAUCUAUCUAUCUCAGUCUCUUCAUAUCUAUCUAUAUAUCUAUCUGUCUGUCUUCAUAUCUAUCUAUCUAUCUAUCUAUCUAUCUAUCUAUCUAUCUAUCUAUCUAUCUAUCUAUCUCAGUCUCUUCAUAUCUAUCUAUCAUCUAUCUCCUCAGGUCUCUUCAUAUCUAUCUAUAUAUCUCUAUCUAUCUCAGUCUCUUCAUAUCUAUCUAUCUAUCUAUCUAUCUAUCUAUCUAUCUAUCUAUCUAUCUAUCUAUCUCAGUCUCUUCAUAUCUAUCUAUAUAUCUAUCUGUCUGUCUUCAUAUCUAUCUAUCUAUCUAUCUAUCUAUCUAUCUAUCUCAUCUCUUCAUAUCUAUCUAUAUAUCUAUCUGUCUGUCUUCAUAUCUAUCUAUCUAUCUAUCUAUCUAUCUAUCUCAGUCUCUUCUAUCUAUCUAUCUAUCUCGGUCUCUUCAUCUAUCUAUAUCUAUCUAUCUAUCUCAGUCUCUUCAUAUCUAUCUAUCUAUCUAUCUAUCUAUCUCAGUCUCUUCAUAUCUAUCUAUCUAUCUAUAUAUCUAUCUGUCUGUCUUCAUAUCUAUCUAUCUAUCUAUCAUCUAUAUCUAUCUAUCUAUCUCAAUGUGCUUCAUCUAUCUAUCUAUCUAUCUAUCUAUCUAUCUAUCUAUCUAUCUAUCUAUCUGUUUUUCUAUCUUUCUUUUUCAUCUUUAGCAUUAACGUUAUUCUAUUUAGCCUUUCUUUUUUUUUACAUUUAACUUCUAUCACUUUGAAUAUGCGGAUAUUCUCAUCCCUUUUUUAUUUCUUUCUUUCCUUUCUUUUCUUUCUUUCUUUCUUUCUUUCGUAUGUUAUCCAGAGUUCUUUAGACGUAUUUCUUUUCAAUUUAUUCCUUAUUUUUCAUUUUUUUUUAAAUUUCCUUCUUCCUCCAUUUUUUUUAAUUUUUCUAAAUUUUUCGUUUAUCUUUUUUCAAGAUUGUUCUUAUGGUUGCCACUGUUGUUUGUUAUAUUUAAAAACAAAAGAAGAACAUAUUUACGCCCGCGUAAUUUUUUCUAAAAUCUAUCUAUCUAUCUAUCUAUCUAUCUAUCUAUCUAUCUCAGUCUCUUCAAUUUUAUAUUAUUUUUUUCAUAUCUAUCUAUCUAUAAAUCUAUCUAUCUAUUAUCUAAAUCUUCAUAUCUUAAUAAACGUUUUUCUUAUCUAUCUAUCUAUAUCCCCAUCUAUCUAUCUAUCCUAUCUAUCUAUUAAUCUUCAUGAUUAUAUAUCUAAAAAAAUCUUCAUAUCUUUUCUAAUCUAUCUAUCUAUCUAUCUUCUUAUUUAA